ACGCACCCUUAGAAACGCACGCAGUCGCUCGAACGACGUUUAUUGUCCUGUCUGCCGUCUGGUUUUUCAGAUCGUGUCUCUCGCAUUGGAAGGACUUAACGUAAAAUUCGUAUUUAAAAUCUUCAAAUAAAUUAAACAUAAUGCAAAAAAGUACAUUUGAGAAUUGUAAUCCUAAGAAUCUCACAGACGAGGUGUUGAAAUAUAACGGAAAUGCAAAUAAGAAAUUGAAUAUCGCUGUCGUUGGCGGAGGACUUGUGGGAUCCCUUGAAGCAUUGUACUUAGCCAAAAGAGGACAUCAAGUCAAGCUUUAUGAGUAUCGUGAAGAUAUAAGAAAUACACCGUUAGCUCGAGGAAGGUCGAUCAAUUUGGCGUUAUCGAUACGCGGAAGACGAGCUUUAAAGGACGUUGGCCUCGAAGAUCAGAUGAUCAACCAGCAUGGGAUCCCGAUGAGAGCCAGGAUGAUCCACCGACCUGAUAGUUCAACGUAUGCGAUGCCUUACGACGCUAGAACUAACCAGUGCAUAUAUUCCGUGGGGAGAAAUUAUCUGAACAGCAUUCUACUGAAAGAAUCGGAAAACUUGGACAAUGUUGAGAGAUACUUUAAUCACAAGUUGAUCAAAUCAAACUUUAAGGAUGGAUCGUUAACAUUUAUGAAGAUGGACACAAAAGAGACGAUUCAAGUGAACGCAGACUUGAUAAUCGGCGCGGAUGGUGCAUUUUCAACAGUUCGUAAGGAAAUGAUGAAGCAACCACUAUUUAACUUCAGCCAGCAGUACAUAGAGCAUGGUUAUUUGGAGCUCUGUAUACCUGCUGGUAAAGAUGGUGGCUUUCAGAUGCCACCAAACUAUUUACACAUUUGGCCAAGAGGAAACUUCAUGAUGAUCGCACUUCCGAAUCAGGAUUGUUCAUGGACAGUUACACUGUUUAUGCCAUUUAAAAACUUCAAGAACAUUGAUUCUGAAAGAAAGCUUAUGGACUUCUUUACAAACUACUUUCAAGAUGCCAUACCACUCAUAGGAGAAAAGAAGUUGAUUGAAGAUUUUUUUAGUGGAUCACCUUCAGCGUUGGUGGCAAUUAAGUGCCGUCCCUAUCACGUCUGUGAUAAAGCUCUUCUGAUUGGUGAUGCUGCACAUGCGGUCGUGCCUUUCUACGGCCAAGGGAUGAACGCCGGCUUUGAAGACUGUACUGAACUAGACAAACUCUUCCAGAAGUAUAACGAUGACGUCACAAGCGUACUCGAAGAGUUUACUAACACCAGAUGGCGUGAUGCUUUUGCGAUCAGCGAUUUGGCUAUGUACAAUUAUAUAGAGAUGCGUGAUCUUGUCACUCGUCCAUCGUAUCGGCUUCGGAAAACCGUCGAUGAUUUCUUAUAUUGGCUGCUACCUGAUUUAUGGGUUCCUCUUUACAAUUCUGUUACUUUUUCAACAAUGCCCUAUGAUCAGUGUGUAAAAAACCGCCAAUGGCAAAAUAAGGUCCUUGCCAUCGUUGUCCUGUUUUUUGGAUUGAUGCUAUUUGUUACUAUCUAUAAAAAUAUGUUAUUAUAGAAAAAGUUCUAGACAUUAUAUAUCUUAGUUUUAUUACAUUGUUGAUUAAAGAAAUAAUUGAAUGAUGGUCUUGUAAACUAGGUUGAAAUAUUUUUGCUAAUCAUUUCUAAUUCUACCGUGUUGUUAUUUGUUAUUAAGUACCUAUGCUGAUUGAUGUUUUAUGUGCGUUGCCAUUUUUCAUGUUCUAAACUUAAUCCUAGUGCCACAUGUUCUAGGAAUAGGUAUAAAAUAUGAAAAAGCUAGAUAAAUAAGCAUUUUAUUUUAGGUUAGUCCUUAAAAAAAUAUUUUUUUAAAAGUUUAAUUUUCCUAUUUUUUACAUUUACAUUCUCAAUCUUUAUUCGAUUCUACAAUCCAUAAUUAACGUUGAAAGGUCUACAAAAUAAAGAAUAGCAGUAAGUAAUUAAAUGUAUAAUAUGUUUGGAAAUAAAUAAAUUAUUAUUAUUAUUAAAAAAUAAAUUACUUUUUAUAAAUGUGCAAUUAAAAAUGUCUUAAAUAAAA